AUGGCGAAGCUCGCGGUGGUUGUGGCGGUGCUGGCGGCGCUGCUGGUGGGCGCCUUCGCGGAGGAGCAGGAAUUUCUUCCCGGGCAGCCCAAGGAGAGUGUUCGGGGCAGCGGAGGGCGCGUGGAAACGUGGAGCGAAGAUUUCAAGCAGCUGCAGGCAGCAGAUGUGGGAGCAGCGAUUAUCACUGUGGAGAGCCAGUCGCUUGCACUGCCCUCCUACUCCGAUUCCGCUCAGGUGGGCUACGUGUUGAGCGGUGAGGCCAUGGCGGGGCUCCUCAGCCCCAUGGGAGCUCCUACCACUGUCAGGUGGCUGAGGGAGGGCGACGCGUUUGUGAUCCCGAGGGGGUGGGCGCGCUGGGUGUGGAACAACGGUCAGCAGCCGCUUCGCGUCGUGUCACUCGCCGACACCUCCAAGGGCCCAGCUGCCGGCCGCUACACCGGGUUCCACCUCAUGGGCGCACAGAAGGAGCGGUUUGGAGGGGUGCUGCACGGUUUCAGCCGGGAUCUGCUGGCACAUGCAUGGGACGUGGAGGAGAAGGAUGUGCAGCAGCUGCUGGAGGGGCAGAAGGAAACCUCCUUCGUGAAGGUCACCCCUCAGCUGCAGGCAGAGCUAGAGCAGCUGGUUAACAAGCUUGAGCAGACCGAGUUGCUGGAUGAGGAGGAGGAGAUUGGGGAGGAGACUGAGGCAUACGGGGAGAACGACCAGCCGCACUAUGGCAAGGGAGCGGAGCACAGUGUGAGCAUCUUUACGGAUUUCACGUACAACCUCAAGACCCGCCAGCCGGACAUCUACGUGAAGCGCGGUGGCACCGUGACUAUGGCCAACGGGUACAAGCUGCCGGCGUUCCGCAAAGUGGGCUUUGCAGUGGCGCGCUUCAGCCUGGAGGGCAACGCCAUGACGGCUCCCAGGUGGCUGGCGAAUGCAGCGUCCAUGCAUCUCAUCACGCGCGGCAAGGGGCGCGUGGAGAUCACCUACCCCGACGGCAGGCAGGCGCUGCGACACGACGUGAAGGAGGGCGACUUCGUGGUCGUACCUGCUGGCUUCCCACACGCUGCUCUCGCCUAUGGUGAGGGUCUGGAGUGCGUCACAAUGAUUCCCAAGAGCCGCCCGCAGGCAGGGUUCCUGGCGGGGGCGAACUCGGUGUUGCGCAUGCUGCCUGCCUCCGUGCAGCGCGCCGCCUUCAACGCUGAUGAGAAGCUUCUGAAGAAGCUGCGCGCCACCCGACAGAGCGAGUUUGGCAUCCUGCCGCCCAGGAAGAGCAAGGGAGAGGGGGAGGAGGAGAUGCCGAUGCUCAUUGAGCAGGUGGUGGGCUUUUGA